AAUCUGCAAACUGUUACAUCUCUCUCUGUCUGUGUAAAUAUAUAUAUAUAUAUAUAUAUAUAUGUUUUUGGGAGUUCAUUUUUGUGCAGUUGUCGUCGUUGCUUUAUCUUCUCGAACGGUCUCGUCAAAAGGGUCUCUCUCCAAUUGAAAAAUCUUGGUGGAGUCAGGAUCUUUUAGGGGUGUUUUUUUUUGGUUGCCUUCGUGUUAAAAAUAUGGGUGUGGAGAUUAUGAAAUCUGAGUUGGCACAAGGUUCUGUGGAGACUGGAACUGAAGAAAGCAGCUCUUUGUUGCAUGAGAAGGAAAAUGGGACAAUUCAUCAGGGAAGUGGCUUUAGUGAGCCCAUAAAAUUUGGUUCACACGGUAUGGAUGAGCCAGUUAAAAGAGAAGGAAACAAUGUUCCUGUGGCCAACUUCCCAACAGAUGCGGUUGAUGAAUGGCCUGCACCUCCGCAGAUCCAUUAUUUUUUUUCUGUCAAGUAUCGACCAUAUGAGGACCCAAAACUGAAAGCCAAAUUGGAACAAGCUGAUAAAGAUUAUCAAAAGAAGAAAGAAGCAUAUUUUCAGAUCAUCACAAAAUUAAGAACAAAAAGGUCUGAUAUUUCUGCGUUGAUUAAGCAAAUGAUUCCUCUGAACAAUGAGAAAAAGCAGUUCUGGAUGGUGGUGGGAGAGAAAAGAAAAGAGAUGCGACCUCUGCAGCAGGCACUAGGAAAGUUGCGUAACCCAAACAGUGUCAACCAAGAGAAGGGUGUUGGUGUAUGUUCAUCUGAGGAAGAGCUUAAUAAUCUUAUUAAAAGCUUGCACUACCGUAUUCAACAUGAAAGUAUUCCACUUUCUGAGGAGAAGCAAAUCCUUAAGGAAAUUAAACAGCUUGAAGGGACAAGGGAAAAAGUAAUUGCUAAUGAUGUUAUGAGGGCAAAGAUUCAGGAUUCGUUGGGUGCAAAAGAAGCCAUUCAGGACCAGGUUAAACUUAUGGGAGUCGAUCUGGAUGGAGUUAGAAAGGAACAACAGACACUGAAGGCCAAGCUUAAGUCACUUGAUGAUGAAAAGGAGGCCAUAGAAAAAGAAAUUAAAGCCCUUGAGCCUGAGCUGGCGACUGCACAAGAAAAGCGGGACAAAGCUAAUGAACAUCUUAAGCAAUUGAAGCGACAGCGUAAUGAGGGGAAUGAUUGCUAUUAUCAAAAUCGCGAUAUCGUGACCAAGGCCAAAGUACUUGCUGCAAAGAAGGAUAUUGAAGCCGUUAAAGAAAUUGUCAAUAUUGAGGUUGAAAAAUUUAUGUCCCUCUGGAGCAGUAGUAAGGCUUUUAGGGAUGAUUAUGAAAAAAGAAUUUUGCCAUCACUGGACGCUCGACAAUUGAGCAGGGAUGGACGCAUGAGGAGUCCCGAUGAGAAGCCAUUGGUGUCACUGGAGGCACCAACUUCCAUGGAAACCGUGACAGUCACUAAAACCAUACGAUCGAAAGAAGAUUCUAUGUCCUUUCCACAAUACAAUACCUCCCUUGUUGAGAAAGGCCAGAAAGAAGCAAAAAGCAAACCCCGGAGAGAAGCAAAGAAUAAAUUAACAGAUUCAGGAACUACUUUGGAGCCUGUUGACUCAGAAGGAAAAGUGAUGAUCUCUGGGUUUGAAAAACUGCAAAAUGAUUUGCAAUCAAAGCCGAAGGAAGUUGAUGAAGCGAAGUUGAAGGAGAUGAAAAGAGGAGAGGAGAUUGAGAAAGCAAAGCAGGCAUUGGAGAGGAAGAAGAAGUUGGCAGAGAAAGCGGCUGCAAAAGCAGCUAUAAAAGCUCAGAAAGAGGCUGAAAAGAAGCUCAAGGAACGUGAGAAGAAACUGAAGAAGAAGGCUGCAGCUUCUGCACCUGCUACGGAACUAGAAGAACAACCUACUAAAGUGGAUGCUGAGGUUCCCGAUCAAGAAAAGGCUGAUGAAAACAUUGAAGCUUCAGUUUCAUCGAAGAACAAGGACCGGAAAGAGAAUGCAAUCAGGUACGGAACUCGACAAAAAGGCCCGGAUUCGCUUCCAAAAGCCAUACUCAAGCGGAAAAAAUCAACCAACUACUGGCUAUGGGCUGCUCCUGUUGGUUUGUCUGUUUUGAUGCUUCUAGGAAUUGGAUACAACUAUCUUAUCUGAAGAUACAAGACUAGAUUCCACUAAGGAGCUUAUGGACCAAAUUCUCAUUUUGACGAUCAUCGGACCGUCCUAGGUAUGCGCUAGUGACAUAAUUUAUUACUGUUAUUUACAAACCUGUCUAGGUGUGGACUCAAGCAGAACUGAAGUUUGAUGGUAGAUCAGGGCAGUAUGAGAUAUACUUUUGCAGGGUUGGUGUAAUUCCAAAUUUUGAAUGUCGACUGAGACUGAUGUUUUUUUCAAAGCCUUUGCUUCUACGGGAAAUUGACAUUUAUAAAGGAAUAGUACUACUUAGAUGCUCUAAUGAGAUUGAAAUGAGGUGGUUAUGUUAGGGUUGCAUGAUUGAAAUUAUUAUUGUGGUGUGUUCA